AGUCGGCCUUAAAUAGUAACUUUUAAGUUGUAACCAAAUUUCACGAGGUUCACUUGAAACCAAGUUCAGUUUAGUUCUUCCUGUUCUUCUUGUUCACUUCUUCCUUGUUCAACAUCUACAAGGCCUGCAAGCCAGUAUGGGACGCCGACCAGCCAGAUGUUAUCGAUAUUGCAAAAACAAACCAUAUCCCAAAUCAAGAUUCUGUAGAGGUGUGCCUGAUCCAAAGAUUCGUAUCUUUGAUCUUGGAAAAAAGAAAGCCUCUGUGGAAGAUUUUCCAUUAUGUGUGCACUUGGUAUCAGAUGAAUAUGAACAGCUUAGUUCCGAGGCCCUUGAAGCUGGACGUAUUUGUGCAAAUAAAUACAUGGUGAAAAACGCUGGAAAAGAUCAAUUUCAUAUCCGUAUGAGACUCCACCCAUUCCAUGUUAUCCGGAUUAAUAAAAUGUUAUCAUGUGCUGGAGCUGAUAGGCUCCAAACAGGAAUGCGAGGUGCCUUUGGUAAACCACAAGGUACUGUAGCCAGAGUACACAUUGGGCAGCCCAUUAUGAGUGUACGUUCAUCUGAUCGUCACAAGGCUGCUGUAGUUGAGGCAUUGCGACGUGCCAAAUUCAAAUUCCCGGGUCGACAAAAAAUUUAUGUUUCAAAGAAAUGGGGCUUUACGAAAUAUGACCGCGCUGAAUAUGAAGAACUGAAAGCAGCCGGCCGAUUAGCUCCAGAUGGAUGCAAUGUGAAAUAUUUGCCAGAACAUGGCCCUCUUGAAGAAUGGAAAAAAUUUAGAAAAGUUCUUGCUGCUGCUUAAGUGAAACAAUUUUUUGAAGUUUUGAUUUCAUUAAACAGAUUGAAAAAAAGUACAUGUGUUAUUAAUCUCAUAAUUUUUAUAUUGUAUUUGUAGAGGAUUGAUAGGUACAAUAAAGAGAACUUGCUAUACGCGUA